AUGGAUGUGAAUAUGGGCCGGUGGGCAGGCGUGCGAGCCCCUCUCCUCGGCCUGGCCCUGCUGUUGCCGCUGCUGCUCCUCAAGCCCCCGCCCUGCUGCAGCCUGAACAUGGCGGGGGCGCCUCAGGAUGGACCUCACUUUGGCUUCACUCACGCCGUCUACCACGCCACCGUUUAUGAGAACUCAGCGGCACGCACCUACGCCAACAGUAAAGUUAAGAUGGGGAUCCACCUGGCCCAGCGCUCCUGGGAGAUCCGCUACAGGAUCACGUCGGGUGACGAUGAGGGGCUCUUCAAGGCGGAGGAGUACGUGCUCGGGGAUUUCUGCUUCUUACGCAUCAGGACUAAAGGUGGAAACGCCGCCAUCUUGAACCGAGAGAUCCAGGAUAAUUAUGUAUUAACAGUGAAAGCUUCAGUCAAGGGGGAAGCCCUCCUUGAGACCUGGACUAAAGUCAGCAUCCAGGUGUUGGAUAUGAAUGACCUCCGACCUUUGUUCUCCCCCACCACGUACUCCGUCACCAUAGCAGAGAGCACACCUCUCAGGACUAGCAUAGCACAAGUUACCGCCACUGAUGCAGACAUCGGCUCCAAUGGGGAGUUUUACUAUUUCUUCAAGGAGAAGAUGGAGCUGUUUGCUGUCCAUCCCACCAGUGGAGUGGUGUCUCUGAGCGGGAAGCUGAAUGUCGAUGAGCAGAACCGCUACGACCUAGAAAUCCUGGCGGUAGACCGUGGCAUGAAGCUGUACGGGAAUAAUGGUGUCAGCAGCACGGCCAAGCUUUUUGUCCAUGUAGAGCGUGUGAACGAGCACGCCCCCGUCAUGAAUGUGGUCACUCACAUCCCCUCGUGGCUCGAUAAAAACCCUGUGUAUGCCAUGGUCACUGUGGAGGACUUAGACGAGGGUUUAAACGGAGAGAUAGAGUCGGUGGUCAUUGUGGGCGGAGACCCCUCGGAGCAAUUCUUCGUAGAGAGAUCUGAGGAGGGCGAGUUUUCCAUCAAGGCCUCUGAGUCAGUGAACUGGGAGACCUUUCCUUACGGCUGUAACCUGACUCUGCAGGCCAAAGACCGGGGAACGCCACAGAAGUUCUCUGCUGUCAAGGUGGUCCACGUCACGGUGAGGCAGCAGCAGACAAGGGAGGCUAAGUUUGUGCGGGAGCUGUAUGAAGUGAGUCUGAAUGAGAUUUCCCCCCCAGGUACGAUAGUAGAGGCCGUUAAAAUCUCCCCGGAGCCUGACGACGCAGAGUACAUCCUGGCACCUUCAGCUGAUUCCGUAUUUUUCCAAAUGAACACGCUGACGGGCGUCAUCUCCACCACCCGCUGGUUCACCCAGGUGACCCAGGACGUCUUCAACCUGGAGGUGUUGGAGAUAGACAGCGAGCUCAAGGUUAAAGUGCGGGUGACCAUCGAGGACGCCAACGACAACACGCCAACCUUUGCUCAGGCCUCCUAUGAGUUCUUUGUGAAUGAAAGUGUCCCGGUGGGGACCAGCGUGUUGACGGUGUCUGCAGUGGACGAGGAUGAAGGAGAGAACGGGUACAUCACCUACAGCAUCUCCAGCCUGCAGCCACUGCCCUUCAGGAUUAACCAGUUCUCUGGGAUGAUCAGCACCACUAAAGAGCUGGACUUCGAGUCCUCACCCGAGAGCUUCGUGUUUGUCGUCCGAGCGUCUGACUGGGGGUCACCUUACCGACGAGAGAGCGAGGUCAACGUGACCAUCCACCUGGAGAAUGUGAAUGAUAACCAGCCGCUGUUUGAGAAGGUGGCGUGUCAGGGGGUGAUCUCUAGAGAUUUCCCAGUGGACGAGGCGAUCACCACCAUGUCAGCGAUCGAUAUCGACGAGUUAGAGCUGGUGAAAUAUAAGAUCAUUUCAGGGAACGAAUGGGGGUACUUUGAUCUCAACCCAGAUUCAGGUGUCCUUGCACUGCGACAUUCCCUCGCCACAGCCAGUCCAAAGAACGGCGUCUUUAGUCUGAAAAUAACCGCCACAGAUGGCGAGAACUUUUCCGACCCUAUGUUCGUGAACAUCUCAGUGGUUCAUGGGAAGUCUCCUCCCAGAGGUUUCAACUGUAAAGAGACCAGGGUGGCCCAGAAGUUAGCUGAGAAGUUACUUAAGAAGUCCAAAGCCAGCACCAAGCCCAAAAUAGAAGAAGGUUUCAUCGACCUCUUCUCCGUCAAUCGGCAGACGCCCCAGUUCGACAAAGCGUUCCCCACAGACAUCGCUGUGAGGGAGGACCUGAAGGUCGGCUCCAGUGUGUUCAAGGUCAACGCCUACGACGGCGACACCGGCUUCAACGGUCAGAUCCUGUACUCCAUUUCAGAUGGAAACACUGACAGUUGUUUCACCAUUGACAUGGAGAGCGGCCUCAUCAGUGUCUUCCUGCCGAUGGACCGAGAGAAGAGAGACCGCUACCUCCUCAACCUGACCAUCUACGACCUCGGCCUGCCUCAGAAAACCACCUGGCGUCUGCUGACGGUCUACGUUGAAGACGCUAAUGAUAACGCUCCACAGUUUCUACAGGAAGGAGGCUACAGAAUCGUUAUACCUGAGAACACCGCCAUAGGUACAGAUGUGAUCCAGGUGGAAGCCACGGACAAAGAUCUGGGAUCUAAUGGGGAAGUAGUGUACUCUGUUCUGACCAGCACCACCCAGUUCAGCAUCAACUCCACCAACGGGAUUGUGUAUGUUGCUGGUCAGCUGGACCGGGAGUUUGUUUCUACCUUCAACCUGAAGAUCGAGGCCCGGGACAGAGCAGAGAGAGGGAGCCAGAGGUUUUCUGUGGCCACGUUGAAAAUCAUCCUGGAGGACGUGAACGACUGCCCCCCGCUCUUUAUCCCCAGUGUGUACAAAGCCAGGGCUCUGGAGGAUCUCCCUGUUGGAACAGUGGUGGCUUGGUUAGAAACCCAGGAUCCAGAUCUGGGGUUGGGGGGCCAGGUCAGGUACUCUCUAGCCAACGACUACAAUGGAUGGUUCGAGGUAGACCGGGCCAGCGGGGCGAUCCGGCUCACCAAAGAGCUGGACUACGAGACCCAGCAGUUCUACAACCUUACAGUGAAGGCCAAAGACAAAGGACGGCCUGUCUCUCUCCUCUCCGUCACGUUCGUGGAGGUGGAGGUGGUGGAUGUGAACGAGAACCUCUACGCCCCCUACUUCUCCCACUUUGCCCUGACUGGAUUAGUUAAAGAGAAUGCCCGGAUUGGAACUACCCUCCUGCAGGUCACCGCAAACGACGAUGACUCUGGCAGAGACGGAGAAAUCCAGUACUCCAUUCGUGACGGGAGCGGUCUGGGACGGUUCGCCAUCGACGAAGAUACAGGGGUGAUCUACACCACCGACAUGUUGGACCGCGAGACCAAGGACUCCUAUUGGCUAACGGUGUACGCCAGCGACCACGGCGUGGUCCCCCAGUUCGCCACCAUCGAGGUGUUCGUCCAGGUGGAGGACGUGAACGACAACGCCCCGCUGACCUCGGAGCCGCUGUACCGGCCCUCGGUGCCUGAGAACUCUCCACGAGACGUCUCUGUGAUCCAGAUCCAGGCCCAGGACCCUGACGCCACGCCCCCCGCCGCUGCGGACAGGCUCAACUACCGCAUCAUCAGCGGAAACCCGCAGAACUUCUUUGCCAUCAACAGCCGCACUGGUCUGAUCACCACGACCUCCAGGAAACUGGACCGAGAGCAACAAACAGAGCAUGUUCUGGAGGUUCUGGUGUCAGACGGCGGUCCCAGUCCCAGACAGAGCACGGUCUGGGUGAUGGUCCAGGUCCUGGACGAGAACGACAACAAGCCCACGUUCCCAGAGAAGGUGUACCAGGUCAAACUUCCGGAGAGAGAGCGGAGGAAGAAGAGCGAGCCCAUCUACCGGGUGUUCGCCUACGACCGUGACGACGGGCCCAACAGCGACCUCUCCUACAGCAUCGUCGACGGCAACGAGGAUGGGAAGUUCUUCAUCGACCCCAAGACGGCGGUGGUGUCGUCACGCAAGGCGUUCACAGCAGGGAGCUACGAUAUCCUGACCGUCAAAGCCACAGAUAACGGGCGUCCUCAGAAGUCGUCCACAGCUCGCCUCCACAUCGAGUGGAUCCGCCGCCCCCCUCCCUCCGCUCUCCCGCUGCUCUUCGACGAGCCGUUCUACAACUUCACAGUCAUGGAGAACGACAAGGUGGCUGAGAUCGUGGGCGUGGUGUCCCUGCAGCAGAGCUCCGCCCCCCUGUGGUUUGACGUCACAGGUCCCAGGUCUUUCCGUGAGAUGUUCUAUAUUCUGCAGAGCGCUUGUGGCAGGAACUGUUCCUCAGAAGGUGGGAACAGUGACAGUGUGUUUGACGUAGAGAAAGCCGUGGGCACCAUCAUCAUCGCCAAACCUCUGGACGCCGAGCAGCGCUCCUUCUACAACCUGACGGUGCAGGCCAGCGACGGCAGCAGCAGCACACACACACAGGUUCACAUCACUGUGAUGGACAACAAUGACAACGCUCCCAUCUUCUCCCAGCCUACCUAUGACGUCACCAUAUCUGAGGACACGCCCCCUGACACAGAGGUGGUCCAGGUUCUGGCGUCGGACCGUGACGAGCACCACCGGCUCACCUACUCCCUGCAGAGCUCCAUAGACCCCAACAGCAUGCGUCUGUUCCGCAUCCACCCGACCCUGGGCACCAUCUACACUUCUCACAGGCUGGACCACGAGGCCUGCGCCCAGCACAUCCUCACCGUCAUCGUGAAGGACCAAGAGUUCCCGUACAGGAAGAACCUGGCUCGUGUGCUGAUAGAGGUGGAAGAUAUAAAUGACCAUGUGCCCAUCUUCACCAGUGCUCUGUAUGAGGGCCAGGUGUAUGAGUCAGCGGCAGUGGGCUCAGCUGUGGUCCAGGUCACCGCCCUGGACAAAGACAAAGGAGAGAACGCAGAGCUGCACUACUCCAUUGAAGCAGGGAACACUGGGAAUGCUUUCCACAUUGAGCCAGUGUUGGGGAUCAUCACUGUUGCACGGGACUUGGACUUGUCCAGCAUUGGCCAUUAUGUUCUCACAGUCAGAGUCACUGAUAACGGCUCCCCCCCCCUGUCCACCACCACUAUAGUGCGUAUUGCCGUCACCCUCUCUGACAACGCUGGCCCGAAGUUCCCUCAGCCGGAGUACCAAGCUGAGAUCACAGAGAAUGCGGUGGUUGGGACGUCCGUCACCACAGUCAGUGCGGUCAGUCAGUCAACCCUGACCUACAACAUCAAGCAGGGCAACACUGACCACGUCUUCCAGAUCAAUCAGUACAGUGGAGUCAUUACUACCCAGAAGCCUCUGGACUUUGAGGCUACAGCGUCUUACACCCUGAUCGUCCAGGCUACCAACAUGGCUGGCAUGGCCUCCAACGCUACUCUGUUGAUCCAGGUGGUGGAUGAGAACGACAACCCUCCAGUGUUCCAGCUGCUGCACUAUCGUGGUAGCAUCAGUGAGGCAGCACCAGUCAACAGUGUGGUCUUGAACUCGGACGACUCACCUCUAGUGAUCAAGGCCACCGAUGCCGACCGCAACCAGAACGCUCUGCUGGUCUACCAGAUCGUUGAGGACACUGCAAAGAUGUUCUUCACGGUGGACUCAGGAACUGGCUCCAUCAGAACCAUAGCUAAUCUGGACCACGAGACAUUUGCCACGUUCCACUUCCAUGUUCAUGUGAGGGACAACGGGAUGCCACAGCUGACGGCAGACAGUCCAACUGAGGUCACUAUACAAGUGAUUGACACAAAUGACUCACCACCUCGUUUCACCCAGAAUGCCUAUGAAACUGUCCUGCUGCUGCCCACCUAUGUGGGAGUGGAAGCUCUGCAGGUUUCAGCCAUCGACCCUGACAAAGAUGUUCCCACAGAGCUCACCUACUCUCUGACUGAUGGAGUGCUGGAGCACUUUGCCAUCAAACCCUCCAGUGGAGUCAUCAUUGUCAAAAACAACAACUUCUCCAAAGAACGUUUCCGCUUCAGUGUCAAAGUUUCUGACGGGAAGUUCUCCAGCAUGGCUCUAGUGACCAUUCUGGUCCGAGAAGCUCUGGACUCUGGUCUCAGCUUCACCCACAGCAUCUACUCUUCAUCUAUUCAAGAGAACAUAUCAAAUGUUACCAAAGUGGCUGUGGUCAACGCUGUGGGAAACCGUCUCAAUGAACCGUUGAAGUACACCUUGUUGAACGCUGGUACCCGCUUCAGGAUGCGUCCUACGUCUGGCGUGAUCCAGACCACAGGAAUACCCUUUGACCGUGAGGAGCAAGAGUUCUACGAGUUGGUUGUCGAGGCAAGGCGGGAGCACGACCGUCUGCACGUGGCCAGAGUCAUGGUUAGAGUCCAAGUCGAGGACAUAAAUGAUAAUGCCCCUGUGUUCGUUGGGCUUCCUUAUUACGCAGCUGUUCAGGUUGAAGCUGAGCCGGGAUCACCGAUUUUCAGGGUCAUGGCGGUCGACGGUGACAAAGGGAUUAAUGGAGAGGUGUCGUACUAUCUCAAGGAUGACCAUGGUCACUUUGAGAUCAACCGGCAGACAGGUGGACUCAGCCUGAAGAGGGCUUUUGAGUCCGACCUGUCCAAUGUUGAGUACCAGAUGGUGAUAUACGCCAGAGACGGUGGUUAUCCACCUCUGUCGUCUACCAUUGAGUUCCCCAUCACUGUGGUCAACAAAGCCAUGCCCGUCUUCGACAAAUCAUUUUACUCUGUGUCUGUGAAUGAGGACAUGGCUGUGCACACGCCUAUCCUUGGCAUCAAUGCCACGAGUCCUGAAGGCCAAAACAUCAUCUACACCAUCGUUGAUGGAGACCCGUCUCUUCAGUUUGACAUCGGUUUUGACACUGGAGUCAUCAGUGUCAUCCACUCGUUGGACUAUGAAGCAGCAUCAUCUUACCACCUGACCAUCAGAGCUACAGACUAUCUGACUGGAGCGCGUGCCGAGGUUGACGUUGACGUGGUCAUCCAGGACGUCAACGAUAACCCGCCGAUCUUCCAGAAAAUGUCCUACAGGGUAGUUCUGUCUGAAACAGCCAUGAUUGGAACUCCAGCUCUUCAAGUUAUCGCCACUGACAAAGACUCAGAGAAGAACAAUGUUGUCCGCUACCAGAUCUUCUCUGACACACAUAACAGUACAGACUACUUCCACAUUGAUAGCAGCAGUGGAUUAAUCCUGACGGCACGAAUGCUGGACCAUGAACUCGUCCAGAAGUAUGACUUCAUCGUCAGGGCCACUGAUAAUGGCUUCCCACCCCUGAGCAGUGAAGUGUCAGUCGUAGUUAUGGUGAAUGACAUGAACGACAAUCCUCCAGUGUUCAACCAGCUGCUGUAUGAGGCGUAUGUGAACGAGUUGGCACCCCGAGGUCACUUUGUGACCUGCGUCCAGGCCUCAGACGCUGACAGCUCGGACUUUGACAAGUUGGAGUACAGUGUUCUGUCAGGAAAUGAACGGAUGAACUUUGUCAUCGACAAGAAGACAGGAAUCAUCACACUAUCCAGCCACCGGAAGCAAAGGAUGGAGCCGGCCUACAGCCUCAAUGUGUCAGUGUCUGAUGGGGUGUUCACCAGCACGGCACAGGUUCAUGUGAAGGUGCUGGGAGCCAACCUGUACAGCCCAGUGUUCGGGCAGAGUACGUACGAGGCGGAGUUAAGAGAGAACGUGGCUGUGGGAACCAAAGUCAUACAGGUGAAGGCAACAGACGCAGACCCUGGACUGUACGGUCACAUCACGUACUCCUUUGUUAAUGAUGUGGGGAAGGACCAGUUCAGCAUUGAUUCAAGUGGUCAGAUCACCACUGUGGAAAAGCUCGACCGCGAGGACCCAGCCAAUAAGGACAUUGUUCUGACGGUGGCAGCCCAGGACUCAGGCGGACGUGGCUCUUACUGCACAGUACAAGUGACUCUGUUGGAUGAUAAUGAUAACGUACCUCGCUUCCACGCCACUGAGUACAGAGCCUCAGUCAAGUCUGAUGUGGCUAAAGGCUUUUUGGUGACACAGAUUCAGGCUUAUGAUCCUGAUGAUGGCGCCAAUGCCAAAGUGACGUACUCACUUUACAGCGAGGCACACGUCCCAGUGGUGGACAUUUUGGAGAUAGACCCGGACAAUGGUUGGAUGGUGACUAAAGGAAGCUUCAGCCACUUGAGGAACUCGGUGUUAUCUUUCUUUGUGAAGGCUGUGGACGGAGGAAAUCCAGUGCGACACUCUCUGGUGUCUGUCUACAUCCACGUUCUUUCUCCAGAGGCCUUCAUUCCCUCCUUCAGCCAACACCAGUAUUUAUUCAGCAUGCCAGAAGACACGCCCAUCGGUUCAGCCAUAGGCACGGUGCGCCUCAACACCCCUCCUGGAUAUACCUCACUCUCUGCUGCCUUUGCCCUGGUUAACGGAGAGACCGGAGAAAACAACCAGGACCGGGUGUUUGUGGUGGAUAAGGACACAGGUGUGAUCAAGCUUGAUAAACCUUUAGACCAUGAGGUGAUCAAAUCUUACCACUUCAAAGUCACCACCACUGUUCAACAGGCUAAAUUGGACUCUGUGACUUCUGUUGAUGUCGAGGUCAAAGUGUUGGAUCUGAAUGACAACAAACCAGCCUUUGAGGCCAACUCCUACGAGGCCACAGUUAUGGAGGGAAUGUCCAUCGGAACCACAAUAAUUCAAGUCCAGGCUCUAGACCCGGACUCCGGGGCCAAUGGGCAGGUAACAUACAGUCUGGGGGCAUUGAUCCAGUCGGAGGGGGAUUCAGACACACUGACUGGCACCUUUAGCAUCGACAGCAACACAGGCUGGAUCUCCACACGCAAGGACCUGGACCACGAGACCAAUCCCUCCUACACAUUCACAGUGGUGGCCUCAGACCUCGGGGAAACCCUGUCUCUUUCCAGCACCACCACCGUGACUGUGGCGGUGUCGGACAUCAACGACAACCCGCCCAGGUUCCUGGAGCCGCACUACUUCGGUUCAGUUCAGGAGAGCGACCCGCCGGGCGAGGUGGUGGCCGUGCUGAACACCAGAGACGAUGACAGCUCCACCGUGAACCGACAAGUCAGCUACCACAUCACCGGGGGGAACUACCGGGGGGUGUUUGCUCUGGGCUUGGUUCAGGGGGAAUGGAAGAUGUAUGUGAAGGGGCUGCUGGACCGAGAGGAACGCAACCUCUACAUCAUCAACGUCACCGCCAGUGAUGGACUCUUCGUUUCCCAGGCAACGGUGGAAAUCACAGUGAUAGACACCAAUGACAACAGCCCCACCUGUGACCAGGCGGUGUACACUGCCUCCAUCCCAGAGGACCUCCCAGUCAACAGUGUGCUGCUGAGGGUUGGAGCUACAGAUGCAGAUGUGGGCGUCAGCGCGUGGAUCCAGUUCUCCUUACACGGUUCUGGAUCGCAGGACUUCAGCAUGGACCCGGAUACUGGUGAGGUGAAGUCAUCUGUGAUUCUGGACCAUGAAGUGACGCCCAGCUACCGUCUAGUUGCCCAGGCAACUGAUGGCGGCGGGAGGUGGUGCCACGCUGAGGUUCGACUCACCGUGACCGACGUGAAUGACAACCCCCCCAUCUUCACCCUGUCCCAGUACACCGCCAGCGUCUACGAGGACACGGCCACCAAGGCCCUGCUGACCCGCAUCCAGGCCAUCGACCCCGAUGAAGGUCCGGGUCGGGUGGUGGUCUACUCCCUUGUGGACUCUGCGGGAGGUUCCUUCUCCAUCGAUAAGUCUUCGGGCAUCGUGGCGCUGGAGCGCGUCCUGGACCGCGAGGUCCAGCCGGCGUAUCAGAUAACGGUGCGAGCGUCUGACCAGGGCUUGCCGCUGCCUCUCUCCUCGCUGGUCAACGUCACCAUCACCGUGCUGGACAUCAACGACAACCCGCCCGUGUUCGAGCGCCGCGAUCAGCUGGCGACCGUGCCGGAGGACGUGGGGGUGGGCACUGAGGUUCUGAGGGUUUACGCCGCCAGCAAGGACAUCGGCACCAACGCCGAGAUCACCUACAGCAUCCGGUCAGGAAACGAGCACGGGAAGUUCCACAUCCACCCGCUGACCGGUGCCAUUCUAGUUGCCCAGGUUCUGGACUACGAGACCUGCAGGGACUACUUCCUGACGGUGGAGGCUCGUGACGGUGGCACGCCGCCACUGAGCGCCAUCACUACAGUCAACAUAAACCUGACAGACGUCAACGACAACGCGCCCAUGUUCAGCCGAGACCUCUACAGUGCCGUGGUGUCAGAGGACGCCACCAUUGGAGAGUCUGUAGUCCAGCUGGUAGCAGAGGACGUGGACAGUCAGCUGAACGGAGCCAUCCUCUACUCCAUCGUCAGUGGAGACCGAGACAACCAGUUCUUCAUUGACCCGCUCAGUGGAAUCAUCAAGGUCAACAAGCAACUGGACCGUGAGACUGUUCCCAGCUACUCUCUGGCCCUCAGAGCUCUGGACAGUGGGACCCCCCCCAUGUCGUCCACCGUCAUGGUGAACAUAGACAUCUCUGACAUCAACGACAACCCGCCCACCUUCUCCCCCGCCAACCUCACCACCGUCAUACAGGAAAACAAACCAAUCGGCACCAGCAUCCUGCAGCUGUCAGUCAUCGAUCAGGACUCCUCCCACAACGGCCCGCCCUUCGACUUUCGCAUCCUGUCAGGAAACGAAGGCGGAGAGUUCGUGCUGGAGAAGGACGGGACUCUGGUGGCCAAUCAGGUGUUCAGGAGGGACCUGGCUACUGAAUACGUCAUCCAGAUACAGGUGAUGGACUCGGGGAAGCCCCGCCUCUCCUCCACCUCCAUGCUGACAGUCAGGGUGAUUGAGGAGAGCCUUCACCGGCCUGUGGCGUUACCACUGGAGGUUCACAUCAUCACAAUGGAGGACGAGUUUCCCGGCGGUGUGAUUGGCCAGCUGCACGCCACCGACGCUGACCCGUAUGACGCGCUGACCUUUGGCCACGCCCCCCCAGCCCAGCGCAGUCUCUUUAAGAUCAGCCCUCGUGAUGGGAAGAUCAUCGCCCUGGGCGGGCUGGACGCCGGCAGGUACUCCCUCAACGCCAGCGUCAGUGACGGCCGCUUCGCCGUGCCUGUGCCAGUGAGUGUGCAUGUGGAGCAGGCGACGCCGGAGAUGCUGCGUGAAGCGGUGACGGUGCGCUUCGAGAGCGUGGCGCCUCAGGACUUUGUGGCGCUGCACCUGAAGAGCGUGUUAAAGGUUCUGCAGCAAGCCGCGGCGUCGCAGCAGCAGGAUGCUCUGCACCUGCUAAGUCUGCAGCCGGUGGGUGGGACGCAACAGCUGGACAUGCUCGUUGCUGUGGAAACGGCUGGAGGCGGCUACUACAAGGCAGCCUACCUCACCCAGAAGCUGAGCGCGUCGCGGCGGCAGCUGGAGGAGGUUCUCAGGGUGUCAGCCAUCUUGGAUAAGAACUGUUCGGGGCUGGAGUGUCGCGGGGCGCAGUGUGAGCAGAGCAUCAUCCUGGACUCACACAACCUGGCCACAUACAGCACGCCACGGGUCAGCUUCGUCUCGCCGCGCUUCCACCGCACCUCUCGCUGCACGUGUAACGAUGCCAGCUGUGCCGUCCUGUCAGAGCAGUGUGAGGACCAGCCGUGUCCAGCAGACAUGCAGUGUGUUUCAGUGGAGGCCACCAGGGGGCGAUACGCAUGCCAGUGUCCACCAGGCAAACUGGGAGAGUGUGCAGGACACUCGUCUCUGAGUUUCUCAGGUAACAGCUACAUCAAGUACAGACUGUCAGAGCGGCUGCAGAUGGAGCUGAAGCUCAGUCUGAGGAUCAGGACGCUGCAGAGCCGAGGAAUCAUCAUGUACACACACACUGAACCCUGCACCGUGCUCAAGUUGGAGGAUGGGAAGCUGUGGUUUCAGCUGGCCUGCGGGGACAGUCCCAACAUGUUGGGGAUCUCUGGGCGGAGGAUCAGUGACGGCAGCUGGCACACUGUGGCUCUGGAGCUGAACAGGAACUUCAGCAGCCUGGCGCUGGACGACAGCUACGUGGAGCAGCGGCGCGGACCGCCAUUCAUCCCGCCGCUGGCUCCGGACAGAACCAUCUACUUCGGAGCGCUGGUGCAGCACCCGAACUCCCGCAGCCUCAUGGACUCCCAGAAGGACCCGCGGGUCCUGGAGGGGUUCCAGGGGUGUCUGGACUCGGUGACGCUGAACAACAAUGAGCUGCCGCUGCAGAACAAACGCUCGCGCUACGCGGAGGUGGUGGGACUGACGGAGCUGAAGCUGGGCUGCAUCCUCUUCCCCGACGCCUGCCUACAGCAGCCGUGUCGCAACGGAGCCACCUGCACCAGCCUGCCCUCUGGUGGGUUCUCCUGCAGCUGUAACCCUCAGUACACCGGGGGGCGCUGUGAGAUGGAGAUAACGGCGUGCGUUCCCAACCCGUGUCAGAACGGCGGCGUGUGCAAGCCAAUCGGCAACGCCUUCCUCUGCAGCUGCAGGAGAGGCUUCAAGGGCCUGACGUGUGAGGAGGACGUGAACGAGUGCGACCGCAGUAAUCCGGAGGGAGAGUGUGAGAAUGGCGGUGUCUGCGUCAACACUCACGGCUCGUUCUACUGUAACUGCACGGCGGGCUUCGUGGGCCAGCGCUGCGGCCUGCGGCCCGUCGUCGUCCCCAACAUGCAGGCGGGUCACGCCGUGGUCGGCAAAGAGGAGCUGAUCGGCAUCGCCGUGGUGCUGUUCGUCAUCAUUACCCUCAUCAUCCUCUUCAUCGCUUUCCGCAAGAAGGUCUUCCAGAAGAACUACUCACGCAACAACCUGUCCCUGGUCCAGGACCCGGCCACCGCCGCGCUCCUCAACAAGGCCAACGGCGUCCAGUUCAAGACCCUGCACUGCACACCGGGAGACCCCCUCAACCUGUACUCAGAGCCAGGGCUGGGGCCCACCGUCGUGGGAGGGGGUGGGAUGAUGGGACCCCCGCAGGUCCCCGUGAGGCCCAUGGCGUACACGCCCUGUUUCCAAGGAGACCCGCGCUCCACGCUGGAGAAGAUGGUGGACGGGCGCAGCGUGGAGCACACAGAGAUGAGCACCUUCCACCCGGAGUCGCCCAGGAUCCUGUCAGGGACCACCAGGAGGGGGGUGGUGGUCUGCAGCGUGGCCCCCAACCUGCCGCCAGUGUCGCCCUGUCGCUCAGACUGUGACUCCAUCCGCAAGAGCCCCUGGGACAGUGACGAGGGUAAAAUGGUGGACAUGGCGGAGGAAGUGACGUGUUUCUCAGGGAGCAACAAAGGCAGUAACUCAGAGGUCCAAUCACUGAGCUCCUUCCAGUCUGACUCCUGUGAUGACAACGCCUCCAUAGUGACUGUCAUUCGACUGGUCAAUGAUGCAGUCGACACAAUCGAGAGUGAAGUGUCAGUCAUGGACCAAGGUCAAACCUACAACAGAGCAUAUCACUGGGACACUUCAGACUGGAUGCCCAACACAAGGCUGUCAGACAUUGAGGAGGUGCCCGGCUAUGAGGCGGGUCCUGGCAGCGAUGUAGCGGGCUCCGCCCCCCGCCUCGGAGGAAGCACCCGUGAACUGGAGUCAGACUACUACCUGGGGGGCUAUGACAUCGACAGUGACUACCCCCCACCCCAUGAAGAAGAGUUCUUGAGCCAAGACCAGCUGCCACCUCCGCUGCCCACAGGCGAGGACUAUCCCGAGCCCUAUACGCCACUGCCCACCAACCCCCCGGUCUCCAAGGAGAGCACCCUGAGCUCCGGCAGCACCGGCCGUCAGCACGCCAGGCCGCACUUCCACCCCAGCCAAUACCUGCCUCCCCACCAGCUGCCCCUUGGGGAGGCGCCGCAUGGGGACUUCAGUUCUUGUGGGGUAACGCCAGGAAACGGAGACACUGACGACUCUGUGUCACUAAAUAUGCGACUGUCUGUUGGAGCGUCAUCAGCCUCAGACAUGUCAGCCCCCUGCGGGCUGGACGACUCUGAACAUGGCAGCGACUUUGACAGUAUGGACGAGCUUCGUCGAGGCGUGACCAUCAUCACUGACUCACAGCAACAGACUGAGACACGAGUCAAACCCUCUGCAUCUCGCAACGGCUUCGUCUCCGACCUCCAGGACGCAGCAGAUCGUCACUGUAUUGAACCAUACUCUGCCUGA